AUGGCGGCCAAACGCCCCAACUUUCUAAUCAUCGUUGCGGACGACCUUGGCUUCAGCGACUGCGGUUGCUUCGGUUCUGAGAUCUCGACCCCCAACAUCGAUGCCCUCGCAACAGAAGCGAGCGCCCUCCGCUUCACAAACUACCAUGUCGCUGCAGCAUGUUCGCCAACAAGGUCUAUGCUCAUGACCGGAACAGAUCAUCAUAUCGCAGGUCUUGGCCAGCUGCACGAAUUUACGCGUGCUUCUCCGGCCCACAGUGGCAAGCCUGGGCACGAAGGGUUUUUGAAUGAGCGUGUGGUUGCGCUACCAGAGCUUUUAUCCGAUGGGGGUUACUUCACGCUGAUGUCCGGCAAAUGGCAUUUGGGUCUGCGCCCGGAGCACCAUCCUAUCAAUCGAGGUUUCAAGAAGUCUUUCGCCCUUCUCCCUGGCUGCGCGAACCACUACGCUUACGAGCCCGAAUACAAAGACCCAGAAAGCGAGCCUGGAAAGUUCUUCGAAACCGCGACGCGCGCACUGCACGCUGAAGACGACCAUUUUAUGGACCAGCUACCGCCUGGUUUCUACAGUAGUGAUGCAUAUGCGGAUAAGCUAAUGACAUAUCUGGAUGACCGAACGGAAGAAGAGAAAGCGCAGCCCUUCUUCGCGUAUUUGCCAUUCAGCGCUCCUCAUUGGCCACUUCAAGCGCCAAAGGAAGUAUGCGACAAGUAUCGCGGAAUGUACGACGAAGGACCUGAGGUCCUGCGACAGAAACGACUGACCCGAUUGCAACAGCUGGGCAUGGUCGAGCAGGACGUUAAGCCACAUCCAGUCGUGUUCACCGACGGAAGGACCGAGGAUUGGGAAGAACUACCGAAAGAAGUCCGCGAAAGCUCGAGUCGCGCGAUGGAAGUCUACGCGGGCAUGGUUGAUCGCAUGGAUUGGAACAUCGGCCGUGUAAUCGAGCAUUUGAAAGCCAUGGGCGAGUACGAAGAUACAUUCGUGCUGUUCAUGAGCGACAAUGGGGCUGAAGGUGCAAGCUACGAGGCGAUGCCGAUAGUAGGGGAUAGCAUCAUGGCACACAUCGACAAGUACUACGACAAUAGCUUGGAAAACAUAGGGCGGGGCAAUAGCUUCGUAUGGACUGGUGCUAUCAACAAUGCUUUUUGUACCGUUAUGGACAUCGUCCCAACUGUUUUAGAACUGGCGCAGCUCAAGCAUCCGGGAACAUCGUACAAAGGACGCCAGAUCGCUCCACUGAGAGGACGAAGCUGGGUCGACUUUUUAUCAACAAAAAGGGAAGACAUACACGACCCGGAUUACGCUACCGGCUAUGAGAUUGCUGGCUCCGGUGCACUGCGACGCGGUGAUUGGAAAAUAACAUUUGUACCGGCACCGAAGGGACCCCAGAAAUGGGAGCUCUUUAACAUCAAAGAGGAUCCCGGCGAAACUAACGAUCUAGCGGAGGAGCAACCAGCACUGUUCGAAGAGCUUCUGAAGCUUUGGAACGAGUACAAAGAAGAGGUCGGCGUGAUAGGUGUUGCCGGCGAAUAUCCUACAGCAGUACAAGGUGACCCGAAGACGACUUUGAUUGAUGAAUUCGAAGAUCCGUAUUGCUGGAUUAAAUACAUAGGACGACCUGAAAUAACACCACACAGACUGAGAGGUAUUGUGCCUCUAGUCAAGUAG